AUGACGACCGCGAUGGAGAUGUGCUCAACGGUGGAGUACGACGCUGCUGAAGCCAUGUUCAACCGAGGCGCCUAUUUACGAAAGCUUCGUGAAUUGGAAGCCCAAGACGAAGCGGAGCGUCAACAAGAGGCGGCUGUUGACCAAUCGACUGUGGACUGCGAUACGCUCCACUACGAAUCUCAAUACCUCAAUGCUGGCCAGCAAUACUACGACGACUACAAGCACGUGAACUACAAGUUCAUUGACUUUGGCUACAUCAACAGCGACGACAAUAUGAACAACAAAGAAAACUCGCCUCAAGAAGAAAAGAAGGAAGAAGCAGGCUUCCAGGAACUCCCACUCAUGAUUGAACAAGACCGUUCCUUGAAGACCAAGGGAGGUUUCGUCUGGGAUGCUGGUUACAUUUUAGCAGAGCAUGUCAUCCAUGAGCAAGACGAGUGGAAGCAGCUCCAGCACGGAAAACACGGCAAACCUGUUCGAAUGGUAGAGUUGGGAGCAGGCACUGGUAUCACAGGUCUCAUGGUGGCUUCUGGCAUGCCAGAAUCUGUGCACAUGUCCUUGACGGAUUUGCCAUCCCUUAUGCCGCUCCUACAGAGGAAUCUGGAACGAAAUCAAUCCAGUGCUGGUGGGCGCCUUCAAGCCACUGCCUUCCCCUUGGCUUGGGGUACUAACGUGACUGGAAACUACGAUGUCAUUCUUGGUGCAGAUGUAGUGGCAGGAAUCUAUGACCCCAUCAAGCUGGCCAAGACCAUUUCUGAUCUGUGCCAUGAAAAGACACUGGUCUACCUGGCUGUCAACAAUCGCUUGGCUGAGAUCAUUGCAACAUUCGAAGGAGCCAUGGGCAAGCUCUUCGAGCAUGUUGAGCACCGUGCCCCAGUCAGCCGCAACAAGAAUCCCAACGUCUCCAUCUUUGUGGCCACUGGCAAGAAGCAAUGCAGUCAAUAG